CCAUUUAGAGCAGUUUCCGGUUCCGGGAGGCCGGGGCUGCGGGGCGCCGGAGUGUCGAACUGGGGUUUCGUCUGCAGCAACUCUCUGCGCCCAUCCCCACCGCCUGCGUUUGGUUUCCGCUCCCGACUGGCAUCCUCUGCAGCCCUGCGCCGUCUGCGGCGGCCCUGGUCUCAUUCGGCCCUGCACGCGCGGUGCGAACGAAUGAAUGAGGAGUAACUGAUUUCCUGCCGCCUCCUCCCUAGGUGACGUCUAGGUUGCAAAGAGCUUGAAUGCACCGGGCGCGAUGAACCGGGCCAAGCCCACCACCGUGCGCAGGCCCAGCGCCGCGGCCAAGCCCUCAGGGCACCCUCCGCCCGGGGACUUCAUUGCUCUGGGCUCCAAGGGCCAGGCCAACGAAUCGAAAACAGCAUCCACCCUGCUGAAGCCAGCCCCAUCCGGCCUGCCUUCCGAGAGAAAGCGGGAUGGUGCCACUGCCCUGUCUGGUGCCUCCUCACUGACCGGCCUCACCAAACGCCCCAAACUCUCUUCCACGCCCCCACUGAGUGCCCUGGGGCGCCUGGCUGAGGCUGCGGUGGCAGAAAAACGAGCCAUUUCUCCCUCAAUCAAAGAGCCAUCUGUGGUGCCGAUUGAAGUUCUCCCCACAGUGCUGCUGGAUGAGAUCGAAGCGGCUGAGCUGGAGGGCAACGACGACAGGAUUGAGGGUGUGCUCUGUGGGGCAGUGAAGCAGCUAAAGGUGACUCGGGCCAAGCCUGACAGCACGCUCUACCUAAGCCUCAUGUACCUGGCCAAGAUCAAGCCCAACAUCUUUGCCACGGAAGGUGUCAUCGAGGCCCUGUGCAGCCUCCUCAGGCGGGACGCCUCAAUCAACUUCAAGGCCAAAGGGAACAGCCUGGUAUCUGUGCUGGCCUGUAACCUGCUCAUGGCUGCUUAUGAGGAGGAUGAGAACUGGCCUGAGAUCUUCGUGAAGGUGUACAUCGAAGACUCACUGGGGGAGCGGAUCUGGGUAGACAGCCCUCACUGCAGGACGUUUGUGGACAAUAUCCAGACGGCGUUUAAUACCAGGAUGCCCCCCAAGAGCAUGCUGCUGCAGGGGGAAGUGGGGCGCAGCGGGGGUGACCUCGGGGCUGGGAGCAGCCCCCACCCCUCUCUCACGGAAGAAGAGGACAGUCAAACAGAGCUGCUGAUUGCUGAGGAGAAGCUGAGCCCCGCACAGGAGGGUCAGCUCAUGCCCAGGCCUAGGUACGAUGACCUCGCAGAAAGCAUGGAGGAGUACGUGCUGGACAUGCUGCGGGACCAGCUCAACCGGCGGCAGCCCAUCGACAACGUCUCAAGGAACCUCCUUCGGUUGCUUACCUCUGCCUGUGGCUACCGGGAGGUGCGGCUGCUGGCUGUGCAGCGGCUGGAGAUGUGGCUGCAGAACCCGAAGCUGACCCGACCGGCCCAGGACCUGCUGAUGUCUGUGUGCAUGAACUGCAACACGCAUGGCCCAGAGGACAUGGAUGUCAUCUCCCACCUGAUCAAGAUCCGCCUCAAGCCCAAGGUGCUCCUGAACCAUUACAUGCUGUGCCUCAGAGAGCUGCUGAAUGCCCACAAAGACAACCUGGGCACUACCAUCAAGUUUGUGAUUUUCAAUGAGCUGUCCAACGCCCGGAACCCCAACAACAUGCAGAUCCUCUACACUGUGCUGCAGCACAGCUCUGAGCUGGCACCCAAGUUCCUGGCCAUGGUGUUCCAGGACCUGCUGACCAGCAAGGAUGACUACCUCCGGGCCUCACGGGCCCUACUUCGGGAGAUCAUCAAACAAACCAAACACGAGAUCAACUUCCAGGCCUUCUGCCUCGGGCUUAUGCAGGAGCGCAAGGAACCCCAGUACCUGGACAUGGAGUUCAAGGAGCGGUUUGUGGUCCACAUCACAGACGUGCUGGCCGUGUCCAUGAUGCUGGGCAUCACGGCGCAGGUGAAGGAGGCCGGCAUCGCCUGGGACAAAGGAGAGAAGAGGAACCUUGAGGUGCUACGCGCAUUCCAGAACCAGAUCGCCGCCAUCCAGCGCGAUGCUGUGUGGUGGCUUCACACCGUCGUUCCCUCCAUCAGCAAACUCACCCCCAAGGACUAUGUGCACUGCCUCCACAAGGUGCUCUUCACGGAGCAACCCGAGACCUACUACAAGUGGGACAACUGGCCACCCGAGAGUGACCGCAACUUCUUCCUGCGCCUCUGCUCGGAGGUACCCAUCCUGGAGGACACCCUGAUGCGGAUCCUGGUCAUCGGGCUGUCCCGAGAGCUGCCACUAGGCCCCGCAGAUGCCAUGGAACUUGCCGAUCACCUUGUGAAGCGAGCUGCAGCUGUUCAGGCGGAUGAUGUGGAAGUGCUGAAGGUGGAGAGAAUCCAGCUGAUCGACGCUGUUCUGAACCUGUGCACCUACCACCACCCAGAGAACAUCCAGCUACCGCCUGGGUACCAACCCCCAAAUCUAGCCAUCUCCACCCUCUACUGGAAGGCAUGGCCCCUGCUGCUGGUUGUUGCUGCGUUCAACCCCGAGAACAUCGGUCUGGCUGCCUGGGAGGAGUACCCCACACUGAAGAUGCUCAUGGAGAUGGUGAUGACCAAUAAUUACUCCUACCCGCCGUGCACCCUGACGGAUGAGGAGACCCGGACAGAGAUGAUUAACCGGGAACUGCAGAUCUCCCAGCGGGAGAAGCAGGAGAUCCUAGCAUUCGAGGGCCAUCUGGCUGCUGCGUCCACCAAGCAGACAAUCACUGAGAGCAGCAGCCUCCUCCUGUCACAGCUCACCAGCCUGGACCCCCAGGGGCCCCCCCGGAGGCCACCUCCUCACAUCCUGGAACAGGUAAAGGGCCUCAACCAGUCCCUGCGCCUUGGGCACCUCCUGUGUCGCAGCCGCAACCCUGACUUCCUCCUCAACAUCAUCCAGAGGCAGGCCUCCUCGCAGUCCAUGCCCUGGUUGGCCGACCUGGUACAGUCGAGUGAGGGCUCGCUGGACGUGCUGCCCGUGCAGUGCCUGUGUGAGUUCCUGCUGCACGAUGCGGCUGAUGACCCCACCUCAGGGGAGGAAGAGGACGAGGGCGAGAACCGGGAACAGAAGGCCAAGAAGCGGCAGAGGCAACAGAAGCAGCAGCAGCUGCUGGGCCGCCUGCAGGACCUGCUACUGGGCCCGAAGGCUGACGAGCAGACCACGUGCGAGGUGCUUGACUACUUCCUGCGGCGCCUUGGCUCCUCACAGGUGGCCUCCCGUGUGCUGGCCAUGAAGGGCUUGUCGCUGGUGCUCUCGGAGGGCGGCCUGCGGGACAGAGAGGAGAAGGAGCUGCCCAUGGAGGAGGACUCAGGGGAGGCAGGUGCACUGCAGGACUACCAGUGGCUGCUGCGGGACCUGCCAAGGCUGCCCCUGUUCGACAGUGUCCGGGCUGCCACUGCACUCGCACUGCAGCAGGCCAUCCACAUGGAGACUGACCCGCAGACCAUCAGUGCCUACCUGGUCUACCUGUCCCAGCACAUGCCGGUGGAGGAGCAGGGCCCACACAGUGACCUGGCCCUGGAUGUGGCCCGGCUAGUUGUGGAGCGCUCCACCAUCAUGGCGCAUCUGUUCUCCAAGCUUUCCUGCAGCGCCACCUCUGACACAGUUCUGAGUGCCCUGCUGUCUGUCUUCUCCCGCUACGUGCGGCGCAUGCGCAAGAGCAAAGAAGGCGAGGAGGUCUACAGUUGGUCGGAGUCCCAGGACCAAGUCUUCCUGCGCUGGGCCAGUGGGGAGACAGCUACCAUGCACAUCCUCGUGGUCCACGCCAUGGUCAUCCUGCUGACACUGGGCCCACCCCGAGCUGGUGAUAGUGAGUUCUAUGAGCUGUUGGACAUCUGGUUCCCGGAGAAGCAGCCGCUGCCCACUGCCUUCCUGGUGGACACAUCGGAGGAGGCACUGUUACUGCCUGACUGGCUGAAGCUGCGCAUGAUCCGCUCCGAGGUGCCCCGUCUGGUGGAUGCUGCCCUGCAGGACCUGGAGCCCCAGCAGCUGCUGCUCUUCGUCCAGUCCUUCGGCAUCCCCGUGUCGAGCAUGAGCAAACUCCUCCAGUACCUGGACCAGGCAGUGGCCCAUGACCCCCAGACCCUGGAGCAGAACAUCAUGGACAAGAAUUACAUGGCCCACCUGGUCGAGGUGCAGCACGAGAGAGGCGCAUCCGGAGGCCAGACCUUCCACUCCCUGCUCACAGCUUCCCUGCCCCCCCGGCGAGACAGUACAGAGGCACCGAAACCGAAGAGUAGCCCAGAGCACCCUGCAGGCCAAGGCAGGACUCGGGCAGGGACCCAGGUCCGAGUGCUGGGUCCCGAAGACGACUUGGCCAGCAUAUUACUGCAGAUCUUCCCGCUGAGCCCUGAUCCUCGCUGGCAGAGCUCCAGCCCCCGGCCCCUCGCCCUCGCACUGCAGCAGGCCCUGGGCCAGGAGCUGGCCCGAGUCCGCCAGGGCAACCCUGAGGUGGCAGGCAUCACAGUGCGCCUCCUGCAGGCUAUGGCCACCCUGCUGGGCUCCACACAUGGCGGGGCCCUGGCCAUGGCCAUGCACCGCAGCCACUUCCUCUCCUGCCCAUUGGUGCGCCAGCUCUGCCAGUACCAGCGCUGUGUGCCCCAGGAUACUGGCUUCUCCUCACUCUUCCUCAAAGUGCUGAUGCAGACCUUGCAGUGGCUGGACAGCCCUACCGUGCAGGAGGGGCCCCUGCAGGCCCAGCUCAAACUGUUCGCCACCCAGUACUCGGCAAGACACAGGAUCAGUGAUGUGCGCAGCGGGCUCCUGCACCUGGCAGAGGCCCUGGGCUUUCAUCAUGACCUGGAGGUCAUCAGCUCCACUGUGCGGGCCGUCAUCGCCACCCUGAAGUCUAGGGAGAGGCACAGCGUGGAGCCAGAGCUCAUCAGCAAAGUCCUCCGGGGCCUGAUUGAGGUGAGGUCCCCCCACCUGGAGGAGCUGCUAACAGCGCUCUUCUCGGCCACCGCGGAUGCCGCCUGCCCAAGCCUGGCCUCCAGGCCCAUUGUGGUGGUGAGCUCCCUGCUGCUGCAGGAGAAGGAGGAGCCCCCCGCCCCAGGGAGGCAGGAUGGUGACAGCGGCAGCAGCCUGGAGGCCAUGCGGCUGGGACCCUUGUCGGGGCUACUUGUGGACUGGCUGGAGAUGCUGGACCCCGAGGUGGUCAGCAGCUGCCCUGACCUGCAGCGGCGACUGCUCUUCUCUCGGAGGAAGGGCAAAGGCCACGCGGGUGCCCAGGUGCCAUCUUUCCGCCCCUAUCUGCUGGCCCUCCUCACGCACCAGUCCAGCUGGGCCACACUGCAUCAGUGCAUCCGCGUCCUGCUGGGCCAGAGCCGGGAACAGAGGUUUGACCCCUCUGCCUCCCUGGACUUCCUCUGGGCCUGCAUUCAUGUUCCAAGGAUCUGGCAGGGAAGGGACCAGCGCACCCCACAGAAGCGGCGGGAAGAACUGGUGCUCCGUGUCCAGGCUUCAGAGCUCAUCAGCCUGGUGGAGCUGAUCCUGGCCGAGGCAGAGACCAGGAGCCAGGAUGGGGACACAGCUGCCUGCACCCUCAUUCAGGCCCGGCUGCCCUUGCUGCUUAGCUGCUGCCGUGGCAAUGACAAAAAUGUCAGAAAAGUGACGGAGUACCUGACCGGCUGCAUCCAGCAGUGGGGGGACAGUGUGCUGGCCAGGCGGUGCCGGGACCUGCUUCUGCAGCUCUACCUGCAGCGGCCAGAGCUCCGGGUGUCAGUGCCUGAGGUCCUGCCGCUUAGUGAAGGGGCCACCGGCAGCAGCGUCUGCAAGCUGGACGGGCUCAUUCACCGCUUCAUCACUCUCCUCGCCGACACCAGUGACUCCCGGUCCUCUGAGAGCCGAGUGGCAGAUGCCAACAUGGCCUGCCGGAAGCUGGCUGUGGCCCACCCAAUCCUGCUGCUUAGGCACUUGCCCAUGAUGGCGGCACUGCUGCAUGGCCGCACACACCUCAACUUCCAGGAGUUCCGGCAGCAAGGCCACCUGACCUUCUUCCUGCAUGUGCUGGGGCUGCUGGGCCUGCUGCAGCCGCACAUCUUCCAGAGUGCACACCAGGGGGCGCUGUGGGACUGCCUGCGCUCCUUCGUACGCCUGCUCCUGAACUACCGGAAGUCCUCCCGCCACCUGGCUCCCUUCAUCAGCAAGUUCGUGCAGUUCAUCCACAAGUACCUCACCUGCAGCGGCCCGACAGCCGUCUCCUUCCUGCAGAAGCACGCAGAUCCCUUGCACGACCUUUCCUCCGACAACAGUGACCUGGUGAUGCUGAAGUCCCUCCUGGCGGGGCUCAGCCUUCCCAGCCGGGACGGCAGAGCUGGCGGCAGCCUGGACGAGGAGGGUGAGGAUGAGCAUUCAGCCAGCUCCCUGCCACUGGUUAGCGUCUCCCUGUCCACCCCCCUGACCGCGGCUGACAUGGCCCCGCACAUGAAGAGGCUAUCCCGGGGCCAGACCGUUGAGGACCUGCUAGAGGCCCUGAGUGACAUAGAUGAGAUGUCCCGGCGGAGACCUGAGAUCCUGGGCUUCUUCUCCACCAACCUACAGCGGCUGAUGAGCUCGGCCGAAGAGUCCUGCCGCAACCUGGCCUUCAGCCUGGCGCUGCGCUCCAUCCAGAACAGCCCCAGCAUUGCGGCUGACUUCCUGCCCACCUUCAUGUACUGCCUGGGCAGCCGUGACUUCGAGGUGGUGCAGACGGCCCUCAGGAACCUGCCCGAGUACACGCUGCUCUGCCAAGGUGAGCCUUCCCCAUGCCCGCUGGGAAACCCUGUCCCUCCCCUCCCCUUGCUGCCUGACCAUGUCGCCCACAGAGCACGCGGCCGUGUUGCUGCACCGAGCCUUCCUGGUGGGCAUGUACGGCCAGGUGGACACCAGCACCCAGAUCUCCGAGGCCCUGAAGAUCCUGCACAUGGAGGCUGUGAUGUGACCUGCGAUGGCCGACUGCCCUUGGCCUCCAUGCCAUGGAUUGAAGCCGCCUGUGCUCUCCAUCCUCAUGUCAGUACAGAGGGACAACCCCACCCUGAGGCUCCAGUGGCACUGAUGACAGCUCUUCAGGCAGGAUCCACACUGGCUGCCCUGGUCUUGCUCAGCUAUGCCUUCAGAGGCCACCAGGGGGCACUGUGGCUGAGAUAACCAGCCCAGCCCUUUCCCAAGCCCCAGUGGCCUUGUGCCUGGGUGCUGGAGAUGCCACGGUCUCUGAGAUGAUCUCAGGCAGGCAGCAGCAGGGCCCUGCAGCCCUAGGACCGCAGGCCUGCCUUGGCCAGCCUGCCCACGUCCACGCCCAUCCUGAUACGGCCUGAGAAUUUGGGUGUCUUCACUAUGCCGGCUCCUGGGGCCUGGGGGUUGCUCUGGAAGUGACUUGGAGGCCCAAGUUGGCCAGGGAGUGAGGGGCAGAACUGCCCUCAGGUGGCCGGAGGCCCUGAGUGGCCUCCACCCUCAUUGCCCAGGGCUGCCCUGCUCCACCCACACCCUCUGUGCCCCAGAGCCGGCCCUGGCACCUGCCCUGAUGUAGAACUGGUCUUCAUCUCAAGGUGGGGACAGCAGUGACUACUCCCCACGGCCUGGCCCGCCAUUCCCCACUCGCCUCACGAGUCCCGGGACCCCUUCCCAUGCACUUGUCUUUAGCUCUCCCGGCCUCCAUACUCCGUGUCCGGUGCCUCGCAGACUUGCCUCCCUGAAGUUUGGAAAGGCGGGAUGUGGUGGUAGGGAAGGGUCAGGGCUGGAGCCUGCGUAGCUCCUCUCACCACAGGUCUCACAAGGGAAGAGCAGAUUCCGGGAUCCUGGACCCCUGGCACCUGGGCCUUGCCUCUCUUAAGAGCCGGUUCAUGCAGCAGAAGGGGCAAGGGCUAGGGACAGAAGGCCAGGGCCUGUGGAUGCCAAGCUUUGCAACCUGGCUGGCUUGAAGUAGGUGCUGGGGUGUUUGCAGUUGCUACAAGCACUGGACAAGCCCGUCAUGGCACUGUGUCUCUCACACACAGGGAAACUGACUUAGGAAGCCACAUCACUGGCUGGAGAGGGACAGGGCUGUCUGGUGAGGGGUAAUGAAUCCACACACAGUGGGACCAGCCCAGCACCUGGUGGCUUGUGCCAGGGAAGGGGCUGUUGCAGCUGGGCAGAUGCUGGAUCCCCCAGUCCUCCAGUGUGUGCAUGGUGAAGUUGUCAUCCACUCGUGGAGGCUGUGUCUGCAGAGCCCGAGUGCUCCUCAGCAUUCCUGGUUACUUGGCUUUAAGACAACCUCGGCUCAGCUUGGAGUGUGGGGCCUGCCCUGCUGCCACCCAGGCUUCAGCCCAGUGCCUGGGCUGCCUUCCCCACCUGAAUCUAGGCCCUUUGUUGCACAGACCAGAGCAUGGCUCUGUGGAGGCCCAAAAUGCACCAGGGGUGCCACCCAGGCAGAACUUUGCAGCUCGCAUUGCUUCUGCAGCUCAGCACCCCAGCCAUGUUGCCUCUGAAACCUAAACCCUGUCCUUUCUCCCACAGCACCUCCGGGAAAGCUUUCUGCAGGCCUCCAUCCCAUCCCAUGCUCCCCUGGGGCUCAGGGUCCUGAGUUGUUACUGCUUGUCUCAUAGCUCCAGGUGCACUGGUGGGGGCUCCAACCACAGCCUGCCGAUAGCCAUCUGUACGCUCUGCUACCACAGGCCUGGAACUGGGCCCUCCGUGGAGACUGCUGUGGCCCCCAGACAUGGGGAGGGAACGGGGCUGGCAGGCAUGAGCCCAAGGGCAUGCAUGUCUCAGCUUCUGCAGCUCCUGAGUGUGGUCCAGCACUGAGGAGCUACAGGUGGCCACGCUCAGAGGCUCUCGAUUUGUCCAGCCUAAAGAGGGCCUGAGCAAGAGUGGGUGGGGAGACCCAACCCUAGGGGAGGAGGCCUGGAUGGACUUGGAAUCCUCGCCCAGGGGGCUGGCAGGGCCCUGCAAGAGCAGAGGUGUGGCAGCGGCUCGGUGCUGGUGGGAACACACGGCAGGUGCACAGUGGGAGGAGGCACUGAGCCUUGGCGCAUCCAUGGCCCAGCUUCCCUGUCUGACUGCCCCAGGUCCUCUCCACCUCCAGCCCCACAGACACCCCUGGGGGGGGGUGUUACUUUGUGGCCUUUGAUAUGGAACAUGAAGGCCCAGAUCUGUGUAAGGAGCUCCCUGCCCAGGAGACAGCAGAGCCCAGCAGGCAGGUGGGGGCUCUCAGGGUCCUGACAGCACCCCCCAGUCUCCAUUCUGCCUAGACUGGGCACGGAGUCACAGGGCGGGUUCCAAGCCCACCAUUCCCCAUGGCCUCUGGCCCUGCCUGGCUCCUCCCUGAGGGUGCAUAGGGUGGGGCCAAGCCAAGUGGUGACAAGCACACCAAGGGCUUGGGUUUCACUCUCAGUCUGGGUAGGGACUGACUGCCCCACCUCCUCCAUAGAGGUCUCCUUGCACCCUGGAGGCUGGUGGGUCAGAUGAGGGCAGGAGGCCAGAUGUGCCCAAGGUCACCUCCCAGGUGGAUCAUUUCAGGUAUCCUUAUGGGGCUACGUGUGGCAGGAGACCUCCUGGGACUUCAGCCCUUUUCUCUUGGGAAGUGACCAGGAAGCCCUGGGGCGCACAGGCUGACCAAGCUAGAAGACCUAGUUUCUCCCCAAGUCCCUCCCCAGUCCCGACGCAAAAGGUCACCCUGCCAGCAUCGGGCCCAGCCAGGUUCACAGGGCCCCAGAGAUUAGAUCUCAAAAGGCCAGUAUCUGGGCACUGGAGAUGCCACCUCUACCUAGGAAGUAGGAACAGCCAUUAGAAGACAGAGGUGUAGUGAGGGGUUCUUUGGGGUUAGUAGGAGUUCUCCAGCUAGGUCCUUCAGCUCACUGACUUGCAGGGGGCGGGGCACAGAACUCCAGUUGGUGUCACCUGGGUGGUGGGUAGUGAGCUCACAACCCUGGCUUUUCUGCCUGGCUCCCAUCUAGAGUUGGGCCUGGAGAGGACUGUGACCAGGCAGAGACCCAGGCCAGAGAGGAGAGGGAGUCAGGGAGGCACGGCUCCCCCGAAGAGGAAGCUGCCCUGGCAAGGUUCGGCCCUGGCCACAAGAAGAGGGCAGUCAGUGGGAUGCGCUGCAGAGUCCAGGCCCACUGGUCACCACUGCUCUGUGCCUCCAUGCAGGCUGGAGCUGGGUCCCUUCAGCCCCUUGGCCCUUGGCCCCUCUGCAGCCCAGGAGGGGUGCUGGAAACCCAGGGCAUGGAGUCUCACCUUGAGUGCAAAGCCUGUGUCUUCAGGAGCUUCAGGGACACUGGUCAGAGCUGGGCUACCAAAGACAGGCCACAGCGCUCCAGCCUGCUCACCGCUUCCUGCCUUUGCCUCGGGCACCCCACCUCCCAAGCCUGUUUCUACACCUGUACAAUGGGCAUCAAAAUAAUACUGGAGGGCCAGGGAUUUAGCUCAGUGGUUCCACCACCUGCCUUGCAAGCACAAGGUCCCAAGUUUGAUCCCCGGUACCAAAAAAAAUAAUAAUAAUACUGGAGCCUCAUGUGCUCUCGGGUUAUUGACCAGAGAGGUACUGUGAUCUGGCCAAGGACACACAGCAAUCAGAGCAGGCUAGGGUGACCCCUCCUUGGCACUGCCCGCUCUGUUUGAGGAAGCAGGGUGGGCCGGCCCCAUUACAAGGGUCCCUAUAAGAUGGUGUGAGGAGGAUUAAUAAUGUAUUUAUAACACAUCGUUGUGGUAGCUGAAAAUGAUCUAUAAAUGUGCGGUAAAUGUUUUAUAAUGUUUUUGUAACCCGUUAUAAAUGAUAAAUGGUAGACUAUAGAUGCCGGAUCAAAUAUUUAUAACGCAUUGUGCACGACGCCGGGCUGCUACAGUUCAG